AUGGCAGAGCCUAGAGCACAUAAGCUUGUUGAGAAAUCUCAGGUUGGUCCAGCUAUAAGCAAAACCACAUCUCUUCCCCUCACAUUCCUUGAUUUGUCUUUGGCAGGUCCUGUUUAUGUGAGACGUCAAUUCUUCUAUAAGUAUCCGCAUGCCACACACUAUUUUUGUGAAACUACACUCCCUGCUCUCAAACACACUCUCUCUCUUACCCUUAAAUAUUUCUUCCCUCUCGCUGGAAACCUCAUGCGUCCACCACCACCCCACAAACCCUUCAUUCGUUGCACCGAUGAUGACUCUGUCACCUUAACCAUCUUAGAGUCCAAAGCGGAUUUCAACCAUCUUUCUUCCAACCAACCCAAAAAUCUCAAAGAGUUGGAUCACUUGGUUCCCAAGUUGACAUGCACAACUAUCCAUGAAGAAGACACUUUCAUAUUUCCUUUAGUAGCCUUGCAAGUCACGAUUUUUCCCAACCAUGGCUUUUGCAUGGCAAUCACAUAUUGCCACGUGAUGGAUGAUAGGUGUUGUAGUCAUUUCAUGAAGUCUUGGUCUUCCAUUUGUCGAAGCGGCGGCGUUGACCUCACACUUGUUGAGAACUCACCACCGUGCUUUGAUAGGGAAGUGUUGAAGGACCCCAAGGGACUCGAGGCUAUUUUCUUAGGAGACUAUUUUGAAGAGAGGUCAACGUGGAAGGACAAACUCAUUAUUGGUCAAACUCCUAAACGUGCGUGUGAUGAUGGGGACUAUGUUAAGGCAACGAUUGUUUUUGGAAGAGAUGAUAUUGAGAGCCUAAAAACAUGGGUGCUGAAUCACUGGAAGAAAAAGGACGAAUUUAAAGCGCCAAAAUAUCUAUCAAAAUUCGUUGUGACUGGUGCUUUCGUGUGGGCUAGUUUGGUUAAAGCAAGAUAUGGAGAUGAUGAUAAUAAAGAAGAGAUGAAAGAGGAGUACUUUCGUUUUGCAGCAGAUUGUAGAGAUCGUCUUGAUUACCCGAUUCCAGCGACGUACUUCGGAAACUGCUUAACGAAAUGUUAUGCAACUCUGAAGAGAAAGGACCUUAAGGGAGAAGGUGGUUUUGUGAAUGCAAUCAUGGCUAUUGAAAGGGCAAUAACUAGCAUGAAAAGGAAACCUUUGGAAGGUGCUGAAAACUGGAAGACAUUGUUUACAAAGAUGUUUGUGUUGGGAAGUACGUUGUUAGUUACAGGGUCACCUAAGUUCACUGUUUAUGAGACUGAUUUUGGAUUUGGAAGACCUAUCAAAGUUGAGAUGUUACAUUCCUUCAAGUGUAUGUCUCUUGCCGAAAGUACAAAUGAGGAUGGAUUAGAGGUUGGCUUGGUAUUUAGAAGCGGGGAAUUUGAAUAUUUCAUAUCUGUCAUUGAGCAACAACUUGUAGCUUUCAAAUCCCUUUAA